UUUAAAAAUGGAUGCGCCCAUGGAUUCGGACGAAGAAGAUUCGUUUGUCACUCUUGGGACUCCCCUGGAAAUUUACGAAGAUGAUGAAGCCAGAAAGAAACCAGUGUCUGUCAGUGAUCUCCCUGCCAAGGAUAGCCGUGGCCGCCCAAGGUUUCAUGGAGCUUUCACGGGCGGUUUCUCUGCAGGCUUUUUCAACACAGUGGGCUCAAAGGAAGGUUUCCGUCCAUCCAGCUUUUUGUCUUCAAGGUCCUCCAAGGAGGAGAUGGUUGCUCAGAGGCCAGAAGACUUCAUGGAUGAUGAGGACUUUGGUGAACAUGGCAUUGCCCCUAGGAAAUUGGCAACAAGCUCAACAUACACAUCUGAGGAACGAGGACAGAAGCGGAAGGUGAUGACAGCUGCUGCUCUGGCUGGUUCCUCCGUUAUCCCGGGAGUGGCAGAUGCACUCACUGACCUCAUCAUACCAGACAGUAUACCCAUUGGAGUGAGCCUGCUGAGGAAAAUGGGCUGGAAGGAAGGGCAAGGUGUUGGGCCCAGAGCCAGGAAGAAGACGAAGAAGAAGAAGAGGAACAGUGAACUGAAGAAAGCUUCAAGUGUUAAAGUGUAUGGCUGUGCUCUGCCCCAGUCUAGUAGCAGUGUGGAGGAAUCAGAUGACGAGGCUUUACAGAACGUCACAUUUGCCCCAAAGGACAGGAACCCUGUGUCCUUAAAGGCAAAAGACAAUGUUCAUGGCUUGGGCUACAGCGGCCUUAACCCAAGGAAUGCCCUACCUUCAGGUCACAUAAACCUGUUUUCCCCUCCUCCCGUGAAAGGCAAAGGACGCAGAGGCAUCCAAGGCCAUGCAUUUGGAGUUGGUGCUCUGGAAGAUGAUGAUGAAGAUAUCUAUGCAACUGACCACAUGUCUAAUUAUGACAUGACUAUGGGUUCUGAGGAAAAAGAUGACAAGUUUGGUUGGACUGCCCCAGGACAUCGUGAGAAAGGAAAACAGCAAGUCCCAGUUGGAUAUGUUGGGAAGCUCCUUGAAGGGUUUAACAUAUCCUCCAAAUCUCUGAAGCCAAAGAAGGUUUUUAAGCACCCACCUUUGCCUCCUGGAUUCCGCCUUGUACAUAAGUUCCUUAAGCCUUGUGCCUCAGCAUCUGCUCCAGGCAGCACAGACAAACACAAUGCUGUCAGUCGUGGGCUUGUAUUAGGAGAGACACCCAUAUUUAAAUCAGUAUUUGAUUUGAUACCAAAAGAUGAGCAGAAAAAGUUGGAGAUGGCCAAGGAUACCCCUCUCCCUGGCCCUCUCUCACCCACAGCAAUCAUCCAGGGAACUCCUGGACACAAGCCGCAGUCAGACUCCCAGCCAGACCGUGAACACGCUGUACAUGAGGUAGCACCAGGGCCAACACAAGCACUGAAUAAGGGUAGUCUCACAUUCCAGCCUUUUGCCAGGAACCAGGACAAACAGAGGAGGUAUGAUAAGUACCUCAGCAACUUCAGACAAGGAAAUAAAGACCCAUUUGAGGAGGUUGGGGAGGGCAGCAUGACAGAGUGGGAGAUGGAGAGAGAGAAAGAGGAGUUUGCCAGGGCCGCAAAAUUGUACAAGCCCCUGUCCACUAUGAUGGCAACACGCUUCACCACAGCCAAGUAUGCUGAUGACCUGGAUACAGUUGAGAUGCCUGUCGACCCUCAGGUGGAACAGAGUGACCAAGCCAAGGCUGUGGAAAUGAAGAUGUUCGGAAAACUGACACGGGAGCAGUUGGAAUGGCACCCAGACAAACUUCUGUGUCAACGCUUCAAUGUCCCUCACCCAUAUCCAGGCUCAACCAUGACAGGCCUCACAUGUGUAAAGAGAGACAAGUACUCAGUGUUCAACUUCCUGGAGUUCUCUGGUACCCAUGCAGCUGACACAGAACAGCACUCUUCAGUCCAGGAACCUGUAAAAGCUAUUGAAAGUAAAGAGUCAUCCUGCAAACAGACCACACGUGAAAGUGCAUCUCAGAAACAUGACAUGAAGUCUGGUACGACUGGCCACAAGUCUAGUGUAAGGCCAGCAUUCAGUUCCAUCUUCAGUGUGCUAUAUGAAGAUGAUGACAAGAAGCAGAAGGUCAAGCAAUCACACAUGGAACAGGAGAGGGUCACGGAAAGUGUAGGACACCAAAGAGAGGAGGAGAGAGGAGACACAGUUGCACAACCUGCAACUACUGCGGGAGAUGUUGCCAAGGACAGUGAUGCACCAACCUUGGAUCUCUUCAGAGCUAUUUUCAAAAACUCGGAUUCAGAGGACAGCUCAUCUGAGUCAGAACAAGAGCAAAGUGAAACACUAUCCGAGCCAGUUGCCACAAAGGAGUCAUCAAGUGAAGUGAAUGCAGAGAUACAUAGUGGAGAUGGCAAAUUGCCAGUUACACAGGACACAAGUAGUCAUACUCCACACUACCUCCCUGGUGCACCAGUUGCCAUAGAGACAGUGCAACAGCGUCUUUCACCAGUAGUGCCUGAAACACCACAGUCAGAGGAUGAGAUGGCAUAUGGUCCUGCUCUUCCUCCUCCUCCAGGCUGUGGGAGAUCUGUAUCAGCCACCGCAUCCUCUUCCUCCCAGCCAGGGGCCGGCCUGACACACACAGCUCAUCGGCAACACAGGCAUAAACACAAAGACAGGAGUAGCAAGAAGCACAAGAAAGAAAAAAAGGCCAAGAAUAAGAAGAGUAAAUACAAAAAGGAAAAGAAGAAGAGGAGGAGGAAGAAGAGAACCGAGAGGAACCAGAGCUCCAGUGAGGAUAGUAACACCUCAAGCUCUGAGAGUGAUACAGCUGGAACAUCAGACCACCAAAUCUUGGAGAGACUGAAGUCUGUCGGAGGAGGAGGAGGUAGACUAAAAGCAGCAGACUUCAUGUAGCCCAGUGCUUACGGACUUUGAAUGUCAUGUGAAACUCAUUGAAUAAAUUAAUUAUGUUUUUAUGCUUGCUCUUAA